AUGUACCGACUAAUCCUGUUCUUGGCUUGUGUACUGCCAACGCUAUCACGACGGCUACCUCCAGCGCAACUUCGACCAGCGUAUUCGGAUAUGUUCGCCCGCGUAUUAAUGUUCCCACUUGCAGCGGCUGCCUACAGUAAUUGGCCGCAGGAGUGCCUACAUAAUAGGUACACCAACGCCACGCUGAAACGCCAGUUGAAUGUGACAUGUGGUCCGUUUGGGUCGAAUGAUAUAUGCUCGGGAUUCACAGCCAUAAAUCACGGCGAUAAAUCGAUUAUUAUCAGUUUCAGAGGAACGAAUACAUUUGUUCAGCUUGUUGCAGAAGCAGAACUGAGCGUCUUUUACGACAAGGCUUCCCAUGAGGAGCCCGGAAACUUGGCCCGAAUUAGGAUGAGUAAUAUGGGGGCUAGAUAUUAUAUUUGUUUUUAUCACUACUUGAAAUAUCAGGUUAUGUGGCCGGCCGGUGGCUUCGUGUCCAAGUUUUUCUACGAUGGCUUCAUAGAUUUAUGGCGUGCUGGAAUGGGAGAUGAUUUCAAUGAGCUGAGAAAGAUGUACCCAGACUAUGACAUUUGGGUAACCGGACACUCCCUCGGAGCCGCAAUGGCCUCAUUGGCUUCCUCAUACAUUAUUGCUGUAAACAAAGUACCUCCCAAACAAGUGAAAUUGGUUACAUAUGGCCAACCACGAGUUGGGGAUUACAUUUACGCAAUGACUCACGAUCGACAGAUGGGCUACAGUUUCCGUGUUGUUCACUGGAGGGACCUUGUGCCACAUGUUCCACCGCUAUAUUUCAUGGAUUAUUAUCACCACAAGUCUGAGGUGAGGAUGAUUCAAUUUCCAAAGACAGGAAGACUUUCAAGCCUUCGAAAAUGGGGAAAUGAAAAAAUCGUUGGGCUUUGUCAUCAAGAGUGUUGGGUCUUCUACCCCUUAGACAUGGCUAUCGGUGCUAACUAUACUCUCACACGAAAUUUUUGUUAUCUAGCCAACGAGAGUCCAAAGUGCAGUGACGGACUGCUGUUCACAACAUCAAUCCAAGACCAUCUUCACUACUUCAACGUCGAUGUCAGUGGGUAUGGUAUUGCUGGCUGCAAUACGACCAUGGACCCUACAGGAGCAGAGUAA